GCAUCGCAGUGCUUUACCUUUUCUCUCUCCUCCUCCUCUCUCCAUCCCAGUAUUUCUUCCCUCCUCCCCUUCUUGUCUAUUAUUCAUCAGUGCUCAGAGCCUCUCUCAGCUCCAAAUCUAGCUCAUAGCUCCAGCUGCAGCCCAGUUCUGUGGAUCUCCUAGCCUAGGACGUAACCACUAACCCUGACUACAGCUACAGUCUGCUCCCUUCUCUUCUUUGGUAUUGGUAUUUGGUAUCCUCUUACCUAGACAUGGAGAGCCUCACUGAGACUUCUGCUGAGAGAGAGAGCGACCAGCCAUCUUUAACUAGCUGUUCUAUUAUCCGUUGAGCCAGAAAGCCAAGGGAGCAGAGAAGAGGAGAGAAGAGGAGGAUUCUUUUUAGCACUAAAGGAAUCCCGUUCAUCUGCCUCUCUCUAUUUUACCACGCUGGAUUACAGUAGUUCUGCGGCUGUUGCUGCUGGCUCUCUGUCCUGUAGGGAGGGGAAAACGGGCUCCAAAAUGCCUGAAGCUAACUACCUGCUGUCUGUGUCUUGGGGUUACAUUAAGUUCAAGAGAAUGUUGAACCGGGAGCUGACACACCUCUCAGAGAUGAGUCGCUCCGGUAACCAGGUGUCCGAGUUCAUCUCCAACACCUUUAUGGACAAACAGAACGACAUGGACAUGCCAUCUGUGACGCCCAAGGAGAAGGCUGGUCGGGAGAGGAAGAAGCAGCAACAGCUGAUGACUCAGAUCACUGGAGUGAAGAAGGUCUCUUAUGGACCCUGCCUCUCCAACUCCUCCAUCUCACGUUUCGGGGUCAAGACGGACAAGGAGGACAUGCUCUCCAAGGAACUGGAGGAUCUGAAUAAGUGGGGGUUGAACAUCUUUACCGUGUCCGAGUACUCCGAACAUAGACCGCUCACUUGUAUCAUGUACGCCAUCUUCCAGGAGAGAGACCUGCUGAAGACAUUUAAGAUCCCGACGGAGACGUUUGUGGCGUACAUGAUGACCCUGGAGGACCACUACCAUGGAGACGUGGCCUACCACAACAGCCUCCACGCGGCAGACGUGGCCCAGUCCACACACAUCCUGCUCUCUACACCAGCCCUCGAUGCGGUCUUCAGCGAUCUAGAGAUCUUGGCGGCCAUCUUUGCUGCAGCAAUUCAUGAUGUGGACCACCCGGGGGUGUCCAACCAGUUCCUCAUCAAUACCAACUCUGAGCUAGCCCUGAUGUACAACGAUGAGUCCGUGUUAGAGAACCACCAUCUAGCUGUGGGCUUCAAGCUGCUGCAGGAGGACAACUGUGACAUCUUCCAGAGCCUGACCAAGAAGCAGAGGCAGAGUCUGAGGAAGAUGGUCAUCGAAAUGGUUCUGGCCACUGACAUGUCCAAGCACAUGAGUCUGUUAGCUGACCUGAAGACCAUGGUGGAGACCAAGAAGGUGACCAGCUCUGGGGUCCUGCUGCUGGACAACUACACCGACAGAAUACAGGUGCUGAGGAACAUGGUUCACUGUGCUGACCUGAGUAACCCUACCAAGUCUCUGGAGCUGUACCGUCAGUGGACCGACCGCAUCAUGGAGGAGUUCUUCCACCAGGGAGACAGGGAGAGGGAGAGAGGCAUGGAGAUCAGCCCCAUGUGUGACAAACACACUGCCUCAGUAGAGAAAAGCCAGGUGGGUUUCAUAGACUACAUCGUCCACCCUCUGUGGGAGACGUGGGCUGACCUGGUGCACCCUGACGCUCAGGACAUCCUGGACACUCUGGAGGACAACAGGAACUGGUACCAGAGCAUGAUUCCCCAGAGCCCCUCUCCUCCCUGGGCCACAGAGCAGCGGGAGCAGGGUGGAGGUGAAGGGGGCCAGGCGGGAGACAAGUUCCAGUUUGAACUCACCCUGGAGGAGGAGGACUCUGAGGGUACAGAGAAAGAUGAACAGAGCCAGGGGGAUGAGGAGGAGGAAGAGGAUGUUUUGGGGGAGUCGUCUCGGUCUCCGGUUGACUACUUUGACUGUCAGGACCCCGAGGAAUCCAUGGAGCCCACGUCAUCCAUAGCGAUAAUUACCCACGAUGCAUCACCCACAGACACUUAAUGGGCUCUGCUGCACCGCAAUGGUGGUUGGUUUAAUGUUUUAAACAGGAGAAAUCCUGCAGCUGUGCUUUUUAACAAGCCCACGGGGGUCUUAGUUUGAGCUCGCAUGGGGCGUCAGUUUCAACCCCCCCAUCCUUGCACUUGCGUUAGGAGCCGGCAACAGAGGGACAGUUUCAGUGGGGCGGCUACAGAGUUCUCAGGAAAAAUGCUGCGAACAUUUUGGGCCUGAAGGACGGAAAGUCCUCUGAGGAAAUUAAAUGAAGGACUUGGGCCAAUCUGGGAAAUGGUUGUUUUUCCAUCCCGACUGGCAUCUGAAAUGUCGACACUACUACUGAGAGAAGUUUUGUACCUUGUGACUUUUUUACUGAAAUGGGAUGUCAUGAGGUAGCUUAUGAUCUACUGAUUGAUGGACAUGAGUUUAUACAGAGAGAAAAAAAUAUGGUCACUUUUUUCUUGUAUCAUUUGUCAGAGGACUUUUGUGUGCCUUUUUACUAUUAUCUUUUGAAUAGUUUUUUUUAUUUAUUGAACACACUUUAGUAUGAAUGUUUUUUUUUGUUUCGUUUUUUCGAAAGCUCAAGAGCAAAAUCCUUUUAUAUCUCAGACAAAGAGAACGGUCUUCCUACUAGUAUUGGGCAAUAGAAGAAAUCCUAACUAACUUAGACAAACAAUUCCUGGACAUACUCAUCAAAUGCUAAAAACACGUUUUCCCAUAAUAAGAAAUACACAUUCUGUCAUCUUAAUCCAUGUACAAAAUCUAUGUUUCUAUAUGAAAAUUAAAUGUACACAAUGUACACAUUCGUGUUACAUGUCUAGAUUGUCAGACCUCACUGUAGACAAAUGGUAGACAGAUAGAUGUUCACUCUAACGCCAGAAAACAGUUACACAACAUUCUGACAUCUAACCUGCUUCCCCACAAUCUCCCUCAUGGAUCAAAUCCUGAUAUCGUUCAGACUCCAAACAAAUGUCAACAUCAUAGACAGAAAUAGCACUUGGCAGCCAAAGCAAAGUUUCUUAUCACAUGCAGUUGGAAGGCUAUUUCCAGCUUCCUCUCGAGGUAUCCUGCUGUCGUCUAUUACUCCUACUAGACCAAAGAUUCCAGAACCUAACUGGUUCUGAUAAUGUAACAAUAUAASUAAGGGAGGACCCCCUGUCCCUGUAGAAUCAGGACCGGUCCAGAUGAUGAAAGGUGGCCGGGCGGCUGCAUGUCUAGAAGUCAGCUGCACUAUAAUUAUUCAUAUGGUUUAUACAGUUCAGCUAUUUAUUCAUCCACCUAAUAAAAGGGAAUGAAGUUCUGCUACUACCCAUUGACCUUAAUCUUCCCUUCCCACUAACUGUAUCACAUUUCCUGGCCGGACGGGAAGUUUAUCAGGAUUUGGUCCGUUAGAUUUAAUCCUCAGAUUAGAUUCGGCACGUAGAAACUGUUGAAUGUCUGCUGCAAACCCCAAACCCGAGGUGAAAAAMACUUAUUGUUGAGAACAAGAGGAUGAUGACCCACAGUAGUAGGUUAUCUAGAGAUGAUGUGACAGAGACACCAAACCAAAGGGCCCCGGACAGUGUAGUUCACUGUCACUGUGGGUCAGCAUUAAGACCGUCAACUACAGGCGGUCUGCAAGACAGAUUGUCCCUUACAGGCCUCCAUGGCUGGUUUUCAUGACGGCCUAUUCAGCAUCUAUGACCUAUUCUCCAUUAUUCACUUCGGUUUACUGACAUACUCAAAGGUACUUCAACUACCUUAUUGUCUAUAACCUCACUCACUCCAGCAGGCUUACAUGGUAAUCGUGUGUGUGUGUGUGUGUGUGUGUGUGUGUGUGUGUGUGUGUGUGUG